AUGACGCCCGACCUGACCAUGCACAUCAAUGUGAGCGGAGAGCAGCACACGAACGCCAUAAAACAGCUUCUGAAGAACAUCAGCACCAACCCUGAGAGUCAGAACGAGCUGAGCCGCUGGGGCCUGGACCUCGACUCCAAUAUCGUCUUGGCUAAAGCCAGAGUUCUUCCCAUGGAGACCAUCUGUCUGCAGUCCAACUCUUUCACCUGCGGUUCCGAUGUCUCCUGGUCCAGAGAGAUCGGCAGGGAUCGUUCAAUCAGCUCA